UUCCCCGCUCCGAGCUCACUCAGACAGACGGCGACCGGCGCCUCCCCAGCCGGACCCACCCAGCAGGUGGAGGAGAUCACCGUCUGGGUCAUUCGGACCAUCCGAGUCAUACGAAACAUCAAACUGCCCGACAAAGACAGCUUCGAGAAGUUCCAGUCGACGCGCACGGAGGCGACCGAUCGCCGGCGUCGGUUCGACGAGCUACGACCCGAGGCGGGAGACGUACCGGCAGAGACGUGGGAGAGAGCCGAGGAGGACUGGAGCACACUGGAUACACUGCUGCUGGAGUGGCAGACAUACCUGGACUCUCGCCUACCCCCGCCCCUGCUCGGCGUGGCCGAGUGGGUACAGAAGGCCGAGACGACACUGGCAGAGGCCGAGGAUCCGGCGGUGACGGCCCCGGCGCGACGCCUCUCACAGACCGUCACCGUCAUCCUGGAGGAGCACACGGUACUGGUGGAGUGCCCGCGGCCGCCGCGCGCCGCCGCCGCCGCCGCCGCCGCCACCACCGCGCCGCCCCCGCUGCUCGUGCAGAACUAACGCCCCCGUCCCCCGCCGAACACCGACACACGCCGAAUCUCAGCACCGCGCACAGCCGACACACUAUAGCCGAGGGUCUAGACAGGUAGAUCUGCUUAUCAUGGUGAUAGCGGCAAUUUUCUAUUCCAUGUUUAUUUGCUUUAUAUCUUACGCAUUUUAAUGCACGUUGCUUCUUAUGAAUUAUUUUUGGAUGCCUUUUUUCUUUCAUGAGAUUUGAGUGGGAGAUAGGCUUGUUGGAAGCCGUCGAAGGGUGAUCAGAUGUCAAAGGUUGUGCGUUCAAGGCUGACCAGGAUCGGAGUUUUGCCGUUCCUUGCUUCUGUCUUAUCCUAAGGUGUGAGUUACUAGAAGAUCUACGGAAGCUGCAUGCAUCGUCAAAUAAUAUAACGUCCUUUGAAUCUGAUGACAAUAAACAGUGAAAAGCA